AUGGAGUUCCUAAUGGAAAUGCCAGCCACUUAUGAUGCAUGUCAUUCGGUUAAAAAGUGCAUCAUUUUUGUGCUUGUAUUAGGCUUUUUAUUGGUCAAAAAACUCACUGCGAGUUGGGUCGAAGCUGGAGUAGAGUAUGAAGCAGGCAAUAGACGACGCCUGAUUUCGAUAAUCAGGAUGGAGUGCCUUUUGACUCUGUGCAAUUUUUUCAUAUACUGUCAAUUAAUGGCUUAUUACGAUGAAAACGGGCUUGUAAAAUGUGAUAGACGUCUGCUAGCGAGGAACCGUGAUAGAGCGUCCAAACUUCUUAUAGUGUUUAUGUUUCUUUCUCAGAUGGUAUAUUUCUUGUAUGUUGCACCUUAUACAUUUCAGUAUCUCUUCUUCGAUGUUUGUGCGCUGAUCUCCGGGAUUUGGACAAAUCUUCUGGGUUUUGUCUUAGGAUUUUUCUUAAUUAACUGUCUCAUUCAGCUUUUAGACAGAAUACAAAUGACCAAAUUUAUAGUGGAGAAAAUCUACAGUAUUCGCUACAUUGGUCCAAUAAUAUCGGAUCGCAAACUUCAGAUUAAAGUUGCACUUGUGGUCACAGCGGUGAUGUCGGCUCUAAUGUGGUACAGCAGCGAUAAAAUUGUCGUCAAGGAAGUUACAAUUCCAGUACAGGACUUCUCUGGAGCGGAAGGUGGCGUUCGAAUAGCUCUUGUAUCCGACGUUCAUACUGGCGCCAGCGUUUAUACUCAACAGAUCGAGAUGGUGGUGGACACUCUUUACGAUCUAGAUGUGGACGUUGUAGCAUUGGUGGGCGACUUAGUAGACGGUCCUGUGGAAAAAAUAGGCGAUCGAGUAACCCCGUUAUGGAGAUUGGCUCAAAAAUUUCCGACUUAUUUUGUAUCGGGCAAUCAUGAAUACUAUUAUGGAGAUGUCAGAAAAUGGUUUCAUUUGUAUAGAAGUCAUCAUAUUCGUGUACUUGAUAACGCAUGCGAAAUGUUCAAGAAUAUAUGUAUCAUAGGAGUGAAUGAUAUCGCAAGUGAAUAUUCGGGGAUUCAUGGCCAUCAUAUGAAUCUAUCAACAGCGAUGGAGAACUGCACUGUUCGCUCAUCGCGCGUUGUUCUGGCUCACAAUCCUGCCAGCGUGUUGGAAUUCUCGAAAAAUGAUCUCGAAAAGGUUGAUGUUGUAUUGUCAGGUCACACUCAUGCUGCCCAAUACUACGUUCUUGUGCCGCUAAUAUUUCAAGUAUUGCCUUAUUUUCAUGGUCUGUAUGAUCUGCCUUACGGACAUGGCAAGCUUUUUGUCUCGGCAGGAACGUUGUAUCAGGGGGCACCGAUGAAAAUGCUGCGAAUGUCAGAGAUCUGGAUCGUCAACCUAGUUAGGAAAACGGCUUAA